GGGGGGGGAAGGAGGGGUCUUAAGGGGCGGCGAGUCCAGGUCAGACUUCCUCAGAGCCUGGUGAUCGGCGACGCUCCCACCUUCCCCUCUAACUCGCUGCCGCCAACCUGCCCAGCGCCCUCCGGAGCCCAGGACCCGAGCAGGAUGUGGAAACGCUGGCUAGCGCUCGCGUUGGUGACGGUCGCCCUGGUCCAUGGUGAGGGAGAAACAAGGAGCAAAUCCAAGAUCUGUGCCAAUGUGUUUUGUGGAGCUGGCCGGGAGUGUGCAGUUACGGAGAAGGGGGAGCCCACGUGUCUCUGCAUUGAGCAAUGCAAACCUCACAAGAGGCCUGUGUGUGGCAGUAACGGCAAGACCUACCUCAACCACUGUGAACUUCAUAGAGAUGCCUGCCUCACCGGAUCCAAGAUCCAGGUUGAGCAUGAUGGACAUUGCAAAGAAAAGAAGUCUGUGAGUCCAUCUGCCAGCCCAGUUGUCUGCUAUCAAGCUAACCGUGAUGAGCUCCGGCGCCGCAUCAUCCAGUGGCUGGAAGCUGAGACCAUUCCAGAUGGCUGGUUCUCUAAAGGCAGCAACUACAGUGAGACCCUGGACAAGUACUUUAAGAGCUUUGAUAAUGGUGACUCUCACCUGGACUCCAGUGAGUUCCUGAAAUUUGUGGAACAGAAUGAAACAGCCGUCAACAUCACCACUUACGCUGAUCAGGAGAACAACAGGCUGCUCAGAGGACUGUGUGUUGAUGCUCUCAUUGAGCUGUCCGAUGAGAACGCUGACUGGAAACUGAGCUUCCAGGAGUUCCUCAAGUGCCUCAACCCAUCCUUCAACCCCCCUGAGAAGAAGUGCGCCCUGGAGGACGAAACAUACGCAGAUGGAGCCGAGACCGAGGUGGACUGUAAUCGCUGUGUCUGUUCCUGUGGACACUGGGUCUGCACAGCAAUGACCUGUGACGGAAAGAAUCAGAAGGGGCCCCAGACCCAGACAGAGGUGGAGGCGACCAGAUACGUCCAGGAGCUCCAGAAGCACCAGGAGACAGCUGAAAAGAGCAAGAAGGUAAACACCAAAGAGAUCUAAGGAGAGGCACACAGCACCGCGUCUGGAGCCCGGCACCUCCUCCUUUUCAGCGCGGAGCCCAGUAUACAGGAGCGUGUGCAGCAAUCACCAAAAUCACCAGUAUUUGCUUGUAUGGCCGUGAAUCUUAUUUUGUUUGUUUUGCAAUAAAGGAAAUGAGGGUGGCUGGCUAGUCAGGGAAAGCCACGCUCUUCAUUUCUGGGAGCGCUUUAAGAGAAAUGAAAGGGCACCUUG